GAAAACGCAGUUGAUAAUAGCUUGAUCGAUUGGCAAACUAUAUAUAAAGACGGAUUUGUUUGCACCUGCAGCAUAUGCGAUCGAGCAUUGGAUUGACCGGCAUGGCAAAGACGAUUCUUCAUCUGUUUAUCGGCGGGAUUCUCCUGGUAAAUCUGAGCUUAGGAGCCACUGUAAGGCGCCCACGCCUGGAUGGACGCAUUGUGGGCGGCCAGGUGGCUAACAUAAAGGACAUUCCCUAUCAGGUUUCCCUGCAGCGUAGCUAUCACUUCUGUGGUGGCUCUUUAAUCGCUCAGGGUUGGGUGCUCACAGCUGCCCACUGCACUGAAGGAUCUGCGAUACUCUUAUCCAAAGUUCGUAUUGGCUCCUCGCGGACUUCUGUGGGCGGUCAAUUGGUGGGGAUCAAGCGAGUUCAUCGACAUCCCAAAUUCGAUGCCUACACCAUUGACUUUGACUUUUCGCUGCUCGAACUGGAGGAAUAUAGUGCCAAGAACGUGACGCAGGCUUUCGUUGGGCUUCCCGAACAGGAUGCGGACAUUGCCGAUGGUACACCGGUCCUGGUUUCCGGCUGGGGAAACACGCAGAGCGCCCAGGAGACCUCAGCCGUUCUGCGGUCCGUUACGGUGCCCAAAGUCAGUCAGACGCAGUGCACAGAGGCUUAUGGCAACUUUGGCAGCAUCACGGAUCGCAUGCUCUGCGCCGGAUUGCCGGAGGGCGGCAAGGACGCCUGCCAAGGUGACUCCGGAGGACCUCUCGCUGCUGAUGGUGUCCUUUGGGGCGUGGUCUCCUGGGGCUACGGUUGUGCUAGACCAAACUAUCCCGGCGUUUAUUCGCGAGUCUCUGCGGUUCGUGACUGGAUUAGCUCUGUUAGUGGCAUUUGAGAUCAUUACUUCAUCAAAACUAAACUAAAUGAAUAAAGGGAAUGGAUAUACGUUACGAUUUGAGUAUUGGUUUCAUAGUUAAUACCCUAUUUACAUAAAAUACAAUUUUCAAGCGUAUUUUUAGGAAAGAUAUGAACUUCAGUAGUAAACAGAUUUCAAUGUUUUCGAAACCGAUGCACUCAAAUAACUCACAACAUUUUCUUGCACCAGCUGCACUUUUCUUUUGCUCCAUUCAUCAUCGCCCUACGAAGCAAUUGACCCAGAAAAACCCCUGGACCCAAUAUUGACAUAGUCUGGAAGGAGGAAGUGCCCUGGAUGACCACAUCAUAUCAAUAACUGCAGGCAGAACCGAUCAAAUUUACCUAAUAAUUGGACCGAAGGCAAAUAAAAGUUUUCGCGAAG